AUGUUAAUAUCUGGUGUGCCGACUGGUAAACGCUCGAGUGGUAGUCCGAAGCGAAGAUGGGAGGAUUACAUCGAGGCUGAUCAACCAAGAGGCUGUAGAAGCAGCUAUUCACCUCCUAUCCUAUUAUCCUGGAUCCUCGAGCCCUGCCCCGCAUAUCCUUGGUCCCUCGCUGAUCUGCCUCCUCCCCCAGAGGCUCCUGAUGGCUGGUCCUUAUUGAUUGUGCCUGGCGCCCAGUUGACCGCCGCGGGCUCCCUCGUCUGGCGCCCAUCCUUCCAUGUCUUAAGGGUUCAUCCUUCCAUGUCUAAGGGUCAUAUCAUUUCUGUUCGCUUAGGUAAUGGUUUCUCUUAUUUAAUCUUCCUAAGAUAA